UGAAGGAUAUCACUAUCUUGAGGAGAUGAAAUUGAUACUUUUUCUUGUCAUUUUCGCUGUUGCACAAUCCGAGGAAAAUAACGGAAGUUGUAAAGACGUGUUACAGGGUUAUCUCACAGGACAACUGUCGUCUGCUCUCGGAGCUUACCAAGUAGAAGCAUUGAGGCGGGAAUUAAAAAGUUUCACGGACGUUAUGGAAAAAUCCAUGAAGAAAUUUAAAGAAAACGUCGAGACAAAGCUAAGAAACAUUAAAGAUACAUCAAAUGGAAGCGUUGUUUACACAAGAUGGGGAAAACAGGGCUGUCCUAGCAAUGCAGAAUUGGUUUUAUCAGGAUAUGUUGGAGGAUCACAUUACACUCAUACUGGGGCGGCGGUGGAACCUCUUUGUUUACCCAGAAAUCCAGAAUGGGGAAACUACAGAGAUGGUACUGAUGGAGCAAAGGCUUACAUUUACGGAGCAGAAUAUGAAACGGAUGAUCUAAGUGGCAAGUGGCUCAAACUUCAUGAUCACGAUGUUCCAUGUGCAGUAUGCUUGGUUCGUAACAGCCAUAUAGUUAAAAUGUUUCCAGCUAGAAGAACUUGUGACGAGGGCUGGAAAUUAGAAUAUCACGGCUACCUAAUGGCAGGGUACCAUAGUCACAAUGCUGGGACAACAUACAAGUGUGUCGAUAGUGACCCAGAGAGCUUACAAGGCGGUGGCAAUUCUAAUGGAAACGGAUACUUGUUCUAUAUGGUGGAGGCAGUUUGUGGUUCACUGAAAUGUCCGCCAUAUGUUAAUGGAAGAGAAAUUGUCUGUGUUGUUUGUUCAUUGCAAAAUUAA